CGCACGCGCACGCGCAGUGAGCAGUCGCUGCUGGGCGGCCGCGGGCGGGAUUGGUCUGGUGGAGACGCGGGGACUAAGUGGCAGCGACUGGGACAUCUGAGCUGCCACUGCCGAAAACAGGCCCGCCAGACAGAUAAUCAAUAUGUAUUUCCAAGGCUAUUGGCUAUGUUUGGGUCUUCUAUUCGUCUCAGUUAAUGCAGAAUUUAUGGAUGAUGGUGUUGAGGUGGAAGAAUUGGGUGAAAAUUCAGAAGACAUUGAUACUAAUGAAGGUGAACUCUCCUCAGAGAUUAAAUAUAAGACACCUCAACCUGUAGGAGAAGUAUAUUUUACAGAAACUUUUGAUAGUGGAAAGUUGGCUGGGUGGGUCUUAUCAAAAGCAAAGAAAGAUGAUACAAACGUGGAGAUUUCUAUAUAUGAUGGAAGAUGGGAAAUAGAAGAAUUGAAAGAAAACCGAGCGCCUGGUGACAGAGGACUUGUAUUGAAAUCUAGAGCAAAGCAUCAUGCAAUAUCUACCGUGUUAGCAAAACCCUUCAUUUUUGCUGACAGACCUUUGAUAGUUCAAUAUGAAGUAAAUUUUCAAGAUGGUAUUGAUUGUGGAGGUGCAUACAUUAAACUCCUAGCAGACACUGAUGAUUUGGAUCUGGAAAACUUUCAUGAUAAAACAUCCUAUACCAUUAUGUUUGGACCAGAUAAAUGUGGAGAAGAUUAUAAGCUUCACUUCAUCAUCAGACAUAAACAUCCCAAAACUGGAGUUUUUGAAGAGAAACACGCCAAACCUCCAGAUGUAGACCUUAAACCGUUCUUUACAGACAGGAAGACUCACCUUUAUACCCUUGUGAUGAAUCCAGAUGACACAUUUGAAGUACUAAUUGAUCAAAUAGUUGUAAACAAAGGAAGCCUACUAGAGGAUGUGGUUCCUCCAAUCAAUCCCCUCAAAGAAAUUGAAGAUCCCACUGAUGAGAAGCCUGACGACUGGGAUGAGAGAGCAAAGAUCCCUGAUCCUUCUGCCAUCAAACCAGAAGACUGGGAUGAAAGUGAACCUGCCCAAAUAGAAGAUUUAAGUGCUGUUAAACCUGAUGGCUGGCUUGAUGCUGAACCAAAAUUUAUUCCAGAUCCUAAUGCUGAGAAACCUGAUGACUGGAAUGAAGACAUGGAUGGAGAAUGGGAGGCACCUCGUAUUUCUAAUCCAGCAUGUCGGAUAGGGUGUGGUGAGUGGAAGCCUCCCAUGAUAAAUAACCCAAAAUACAAGGGAGUGUGGAGACCUCCAAUGAUAGAUAAUCCUAAUUACCAGGGAAUUUGGAGUCCUCGAAAAAUUCCUAAUCCAUAUUAUUUUGAAGAUGAUCAUCCAUUUCUUUUGACUUCUUUCCGUGCUCUUGGUUUAGAGCUUUGGUCUAUGACCUCUGAUAUCUACUUUGAUAAUUUUAUUAUCUGUUCGGAAAAGGAAGUAGCAGAUCGCUGGGCUACAGAUGGUUGGGGAGUGAAAAUAAUGAUCGCAAAUGCUAAUGAGCUUGGUAUAUUUAAACAGUUAAUAACAACUGCUGAAGAGCGCCCAUGGCUUUGGUUCAUUUAUCUUUUGACAGCGGGGCUUCCAAUAGCAUUAAUUAUUUCAUUUUGUUGGCCAAGAAAAGUAAAGAAAAAAUAUGAACAUGCAGAUUAUAAAGAAAUGGACAUAUGUAAACCACAAACAAAGGGAGCACUAGAACAAGAAGUGAAAGAAGAGAAAGCAGCCCUGGAGAAACCACUGGACUUGGUAGAGGAAAAACAGCAAAGUGAUGGUGAAAUUCUUGAAAAAGAAGGUGAAUCUCAGGAAAAGAGUGAAGAAGAAAUUGAAAUCAUAGAAGGACAGGAAGAAGGUAAUAAAUCAAAUAAGUCUGGAUCAGAGGAUGAGAUGAAGGAAGCAGAUGAGAGCACAGGAUCUGGAGAUGGGCCAGUGAAGUCAGUACGCAAAAGACGAGUACGGAAGGAGUAACCUAUAUUUAAGUAUUUUUAAUUCCCAAGAGAGAAAUUUGGCAUUCUACAAUCAGUGUGCCAGAACUGAACUGGAAUCAGUCUGCACAUCCUGUUUCUAGUAUCUUAGCAAUGUUAUUCUUCAGACAUCUAUUUUAGUCUUUUCAGGAAAGAAAAAACUUGGAAGUUACCUGGUCUUUGAAUUUAGAAUAAAAGUGGCACAUUACAUAUCAGAUUUAAGAGAUUAAUAUCAUUAGAAGUUACAGUUUUACUAGUUUGGAGAUAGUUUUGGUUUGUACAGAGCAAAAUAAUAAGCAGCAGCUUCCUUGCCAUUGGAAACAUCAGUUAUUGAAAUUUCCUCUUAAACAGCUAAACUACAACAUAAUUGGUAGUUCUAUGAUGAGUGUUUUCUGUUGUACAGAGCUAAAUGCAAUAAAGCUUCUGUAUGGUUGUUUAACUGUAUCAACAAUUGAAAGUGUUGUAUAUGACCCACAUUUACCUAGUUUGUGUCAAAUUAUUAUUCUGGUCGGUUCACUUAAAUUACAGAAUCCUUUAAAAGAGGUGCUUGUUGACACACAAGUCAACACAACAGAAACGUCUAUGAGGUCAUUCACAGAAUCACUGGGUACUAGUGCAGCAUAUAUUACAUUUGAAUAAAAAUAGGUGCAUCAAAACAAGAUUUUUUAGUUGUUUUAUGCCAGAAUGCUUUCCCAUAGUCACAUUGCUUAUGUAUACAUUGCUCUUGAAAAUAUAAAUAUUUUUCUUUAAUUUAUACCCUCUUUAAUAAGUAAAUUAUUGUUGGGGAGGGCUUUAAACUAUUUUAUCUGAUCAUUAAGAGAUUCUAAUGGCUGAUAGAUACCAAUCAUCAUGCUUUGUAUUUUUGUCUUCUUUUCCUGACAAAUUCAAAUCUGUUCUAAGUCUAUUCUCCCAUCUAGCUUCCAAGCUGCCUGUAAGGUAGAUAGCAGCAACUAUUACGAUUGCUCCUAUUUUUAAAGUGUAGUCGUUACCAAAAAUCACAGGACAUUAUAAUGGAGCUGUGUUGUUCCAUUUAAAAUAUUUUAAGUUUUUAUGUUUGGAUAACAGGUCAUCCUUUGGAAGGUGACCUAAAUCUUUGAGACCACAAAACUAAUACUAUCUAGAGAACUUUAUACUAGUUGGGUAAUAUUUUGGAUUCUUUCAUGAAUAUAUACAGCCCCCUUUGGGCAGGCGCCAGCGAAGUUCCCAUACAGCCCCUCCUCCAUAGUGCAUGCAGAGUGUACCUGUGAGGAAAAUAGCCUCUAGCUUCUCCUCUUACUAAAGGAAGCCAAACAUAGCCAGUAAUACUGUUCACUCCUUAUUUCAGAGAGUGAAUUAAAGAUGAAAAUAAGGUCUUUAUUCCAUUGUGGUGGUGGUCUGAACUUUCAUAAAUUGGUGGUGCCAAUCUUACUAGUUAACCAUCUUUGUAUUUAUUUAAUACUAACUGAACCUAACACAUCUUGCAAGGACUCCCUUUCUUGCUUUGUAUUUGGGAUGUCUAAUUGAACCAGACAUAUUGAAUUAUUACCAUUUUUUAAAUUAUUCUAGAUGAGAAUGUUUCUGAAAGUAAACUAUUUCAAGAGUAUAUCCUUUAAUUUUAUGGAAAACUUGCCUGAUAGGUAGCUUGUAUGUGAACAUUUUUCCAAAGAUUACAGCUUUUUUUACUUUCUCGGUUGCAGAUUCAUUUUAACUUUAAUGUUUGGUUAAACUCCAGGAGCUUGCAGUGUUAAGAUCUGAGCAACCAGUUUCCUCAGCUACUGCUGCUUCCUGUGAGUGUGCCCUCUGUGGACGCAUCGUGGCCGAUAGGUUUAACCAGAACUUAAACUCCUAAUACGUAUACUAGAUCCACGCAGCAGACAAAACAGUCUUCCUUAAUAACAAGAUGGCUUUUUCCUUUUACCACCUUAAUCUGACUUUGUUUUUUUUAAUGACUGUAAUUUUAUCCUUUAAUAAAGGAGAAAAAUAAAUGCAUUUUGCUUUUUCAGUUGGCCUUUUUAGACUUUUUUAACUUGACCAGGCUAAGGUAGCUUCCUUUGUUUUGAAUAUUUUUUUAUAUAGCUUUGCUUCCAUUGAUUAUUUCUCUAGGAAGACAUAUUACUAGAAUUAGUAGCUUUUUUGAAAACUUUGCAUCUGUGUCCUCUACACUUUUUCUGCAAAUUAGAAAGGUGAUAAUUAGUGUGACUUGGAAGCUGUGGCUGAAAAUACCAUCUUCAAGUUUCUGAGUGAUUAUGUGGGACACAGUCGGCUACCCUGCAGUGCUCCCAGUUAGUUGGGAGAGAAACUUCUAUAUCAUUUCCUACCACUGAUCACUCUUCACCACCUCUUGUUACAGGAGAUUAGCCAAACCUAAAAAAUACAAGCACCCUGGCGAUCGUGGAUCCUUCUUUGAAUUCCUUGCUUUUAUUUUUCAAAUUAAUGGAUAAUAUCCUGUAACAUUUCUUUUAAUAAAAACAUUAUUCC